AAUGCAGGGGUCUGGGUGGCACGUGCAUUGUUUGAAUGACAGUUAAGUAAAGGGCUGCGCGUGCCCGCGCUCUUCACCUCCGCUUUUUUGGCUGCAAUGCUUUGGGCGGCCUUAGAGAAAUGAACAGUCUGGCACCUCGUGCACUUUUUUUUAAAUUUUAUUAUUUUCCGUCUUGCUAGGCAGUACAGUGGCGGCUGUCACAACCCCUACGGGAAGGCCAGAGCAGCAGAACCAGAGGUUGAAAGAAAACAUUACUGGUGGCUGUAUUGAUGCAUAAAGGGAUGAGUACCGCUGUAUUUUUAGGAGGGAUACAAAGGAAAACAAUUAUUCGUGGAUUAUUAUCAUUAAGGAAGUUAGUUACAGUAACUCUUGUCACCCAUAGGACGAACAUGCUGACCGGAUCAUAAAUGCAGUUUGAGUCUUUAAAAUAUUAUGCAUCAGCAGACAUGAUGGACCCAGCGGGAUCACUAAACAAUCUGAAUGGAACACAGAGUCUGAAGUAUGUGGAGCGCAGCGACAAGACUUCAUCUGGGUACCCUUUUAAUCCAAUAUGCGGAGGUGGAGCUGGAGCUACAGUAACCGUUUCAGCAUCACCAUCGAGACAGACAUCUGCGCAGCUGGAGUGCAAGCAGUUUACUUGUGACAUUUCAAAUGGACUAGGCAGAAAUGCCACUACUAGGGAUCCUUCCAAGGCAGUUUCACUAUCUAUGGGAUUCUAUAUGGGGGAGGUGAAUUCAAAAGCUGCAGGUACAGGCUUUGGAUGCCAGCAACAGGAGCAGCAGUCAUGUGUCAGCAGUGCAGAAAAUGACUUUUUUCUUUUAGAAGAAAGCCUAGCAAACUUAAACAGGGAUGCAGAAACAGAAGCAUCUUUCCUGAAUGCUGAAACUACAGAUUCACCUGCCAGGGGUCAGGAUUUCUCCACCAUGGGAAAAAGUGAUUUUCCCUCCGAGCAGGAGGCCUUCUCACACAUUGGUGUUAGUGACCCUAAUGGUACUUCAAGAUUGUUCUCUGAUGACCAAAACUCUUUUGAUAUUUUUCCUGAGCUGAACUUGCAGACUGAUUCACCUGGCAGAAUUACAGGUGGAAGUCCUUGGAACUUGGAGACAUUCUGUGAUGAUGAAGAUGAUGAAGGUGUCGGGCUUUCUCCUCUACAAAUAGACAAUGCAAUUUCAGAGGCUGGAGGAUUAAGUGAAGCGUGUAGAGGGCUUGUGGGGAAUAAUAACUUUGAAGUGAAAAACAUUGAAUGUCAAGAUUCACAGAUGCCUAGCACAUCUGCUGAGUUGCCUCAAGUGAAGAGAGAAAAGGAGGGUUACAUUGAAUUAGUAACUCCUGGCGUCAUAAAACAGGAACAGCUGAACAGAGGGUUUUGCCAAGCAAGCAGCUCUGAAUUUGAUACCCCUGCCACAAUUUCAGUUCAUGGAGUGAGCACUUCUGGGGGUCAGUCCUACUGUUAUGGUGUAGAUAGCUCACCUUGCUCACAACACCAGGAUCAGAAACCCAUUUUUACUUUCAUUCCACCUUUUACUACUAUUGGGAAUAAUCGGAGUAGGUGCCAGGGAAGCUCCGACAAUUCUUCUUUGAGCCCUUUAACAACUGGCAGCUACACAGGAUUAUCGGGGUUCAUCAGCAGCAGUACGGGCACUGCAAUGAAAAUCAAUUCAAAUAGCCCUCCCAGUGGCACCUCGCCAUCCCCGGGACCACCAGCCAAAGUCUGUCUCGUUUGUUCAGAUGAAGCAUCUGGGUGCCAUUAUGGUGUUCUCACAUGUGGCAGCUGCAAGGUGUUUUUUAAAAGGGCAGUGGAAGGGCAGCACAACUAUCUAUGUGCAGGAAGGAAUGAUUGUAUUAUUGACAAAAUUCGCAGGAAGAAUUGCCCUGCCUGUCGCUUCCGCAAAUGUCUUCAAGCUGGAAUGAAUCUGGAUGCCCGAAAGUCAAAGAAGAAAAUGAAAGGAAUUCAGCAGCCCAACGAGCAAUCGGUGGCAAAGCCAGCUUCUGAAAGCACAACGAACAAAGCUUUACUUCCUACGUCUCUGCCCCAGUUAACACCUACCAUUAUUAACUUACUAGAAGUCAUCGAGCCUGAUGUGAUAUAUGCAGGAUAUGACAGUACUUCACCUGAUUCGUCUUCACGUCUUAUGUCGGCCAUGAAUACUCUUGGUGGACGGCAGGUGGUUGCAGCAGUCAAGUGGGCAAAGACUCUGCCAGGGUUUAGAAACUUGCCACUAGAUGACCAAAUGAGCUUGAUUCAGUACUCUUGGAUGUUCCUGAUGACCUUUGGAUUAGGAUGGAGAUCUUACAAGCAAUCCAAUGGAGCCAUGUUGUGUUACGCUCCUGAUCUUGUCAUCACUGAUGAGAGAAUGCAACUGCCCUACAUGAUGGAGCACUGCCAUUAUCUUAUCAAAAUCGCUCAAGCGUUUGCACAACUACAGAUUACGUUUGAAGAAUAUCUCUGCAUGAAGGCACUCCUGCUGCUCAGUACAGUUCCUAAAGAAGGUCUGAAGAGCCAAGCUGUCUUUGAAGAGAUCCGGAUGACUUACAUUAAAGAACUGGGGAAAGCAAUAGUGCAAAAAGAGAGAAGCUCAACUCAGAACUGGCAGCGAUUUUUUCAGUUGACAAAACUUCUCGACAGCAUGCAUGAUGUUGUCACAAAGGUUUUAAAUGUUUGCUUUCAGAACUUUCUUGACCGAUCAAGAUGUGUGGAUUAUCCUGAAAUGUUGCAGGAGCUGAUAACCAACCAGUUACCAAGAAUUAGAUCUGGGAAUGUCAGACCACUUCUGUUUCAUCAAAAAUGACUGCCUUAAUAUCAGAAAUUUGCCUUAACUGAACAUCACAGUGUAGCUUUUUAUUGCAUGAGUUACCAGAAUUUUCAGUGGUGUCUUUGCAAACUGUGUUUAUUUUGUAAUUAUGUUCAACAUAUUGUUUACAGAGGGCCAAGAUAAGAGUUGUUGAAGUAGGACGUGGCUGAUUUUUAAACCAUGUUGAAAAAGAAUCAAGUUUGCAUUAAAAGCUAUGUUAAUAGUUUCCAUAGCUUUUCACACAAAGCAUUAAUGACCUUCUCCCAUCAUGAUUUUUAUGGUUCAGGAAAAAGAGAUUUAUGCACGAAACCUGAAGAACGUUUACAGGUGUAAAUUAGAAAAGGGAAAAGUUGUGCCUUUUUAGCUGUUGAUGUCUGAUUUUAGCCAUUUCCUGUAUAUUGAUUCAGGCAACUAAACUAGCUUGCUCAUUU